AUGGCGCCAAAGAAGAAGGGCGGCCGCGCCGGCCGGAAAGGAGCCCAGUCAAGCGAUGAUGAGGUGGUCUCAAAGAAACCGAUUCCAGAAAUCGAUCCGGUCGCCGCGGCGAGCUCUAGCGAAGAGGAGUCGAGCAGCGACGAAGACGUCGCCCCGCGAGGCCGCAGAGGGGCGAGUCGCUUUGCCAUGGCGAUCUCGAGUAGCGACAGCGACUCUGAGAGUGCGUCUGACAGCGACAGUGAGAGCGACAGCGACAACUCUGGCUCCAGCAGUGAAGACGAGGAAGCCCCGAAGAAGGGUCGCGGCGGCCGCAAGGCGCUUUCUUCGUCCUCCUCUUCAGAGAGCGAAGAAUGCGAGUCAGACUCCAGCGAGGAGGAAGCUCCGCGCAAGAACGACAAAGCGGGCAAGGCUCGAGCCAAACGUAAAGACGAGUUUGACGAGUCUGAAGAGGAGGAGGACAUCAAAAAACCUCAGCCGCGGGGAAAAGCUGCGCCGAAGAAAGCUCAGGCCAAAGGCAAGAAGGGCAAGCAGCAGGACGAUGAAGACCUCGACGCGCUGCUGGAGGAUGCCAGCGGCGCGACGGCGGCGGCUCCUGAGAAGCCUGAGCCGAAGGCCGCGUCGGCGCGUGCUUGCAAAAAGGGGAAGAAGAAGGACGACGAUGAGCUCGACGCGCUUCUCGCAGAACUCGAGACGCCGAAGGGGAAGGCGUCGUCGCCUGCCGUGCCGGCUGCUCCCGCGAAGACGCCUGCAGCAGAGGAGAAGAAGGAAGUGUCGCCUGCGGCUAAGGGCUCGGACGACGAGGACGAGAGCCCCGCAGCCGGCGGUUCCCCAGCGGCUGGCGGCCUGACAAAGAAUCAGCUAAAGAAGCAGAAGAAGAAGCAGGCCGCGCAGAAGAAGGUCGCGCAGAAGCAGAAGGAGGAGAGCGACGAAGAGACCAAGCCUGCGCCGGCGGCGAAGAAAGGCCCCAUGAGCGCCGCCGCCCGCGCGGCUCAGGAGCGUCUCCGUCUGCUCAAAGAAGAGGAGGAACGACAGAAGAAGGAAGAAGAGGAGCGGAAGCGCGUUGAAGAAGAAGAAAGGAAAAAGCAAGAAGAGGCUGAGCGGAAGCGGCAAGAGGAGCGCGCGCUGAAGGAACAGCGAAAAGCCGAGAGGAAGCAGCGCCUGAAGGAGGAAGGGAAGCUGUUGAGCGCGAAGGAGAAGAAGGAGCGCGAGAAGCAGAAGGCGUUCCUGCGGCAGCUGCAGCAGCAGGGCGUCGUCCUCGGCGAUGAAGAGGAAGCACCCGAGGAGGCAAAGAAGGAGAAGAAGACGUCGCGCGCCGUCGCAGACAAGAAGAAAAAGAAAAGAGAGAAGGUGGAGCAGCAGGAGGAUGAGGAGGCCAUGGCUGUGCGCAAGCGCGAGGAGGAAGAACGCAAACGCAGAGAAGAGGAAGAGAGAAAGAAGGAAGAAAAAGCGGCGGAUAACUGGGAGGAGUUGCUGGAUGACCUCGACGAGAAGGACGAGGUAGCGGACAAAGAAGAUCAGAUCGCCGCAAAGGAACAGAAGAACAAGAAGGGCGCGGUGAACGCGCGACAGCGCGCAGCGAUGGAAGCUGCGGCCGCGGCGGAAGCCGCCGCGGCGCAGGAGAAGGAGGAGGCGAGGAAGGCGGCGGAAGAGAAGAAGAAGAAGGAAGUCGAGCUGCGUUCCCCCAUUGUCUGCAUUCUCGGGCACGUCGAUACAGGCAAGACGAAGCUGCUCGACAAGAUCCGCCACACGAACGUGCAGGACAACGAGGCUGGAGGUAUCACCCAGCAGAUUGGUGCGACGUACUUCCCUCCUGAGGCUCUCAGCGAGCAGUGCAAGAAGUUCAACAAGGACAACUUGCGUCUGCCGGGGUUGCUCAUCAUCGACACUCCCGGGCACUCGUCGUUCACGAAUCUGCGCGCGCGCGGGUCGUCGCUGUGCGACUUGGCGAUUGUUGUAGUAGACAUCAUGCACGGGAUGGAGCAGCAGACGCGUGAGAGUCUGGAACUCCUAAAGCAGAAAAAGUGCCCGUUCAUCAUCGCGCUGAACAAAAUCGACAGACUCUACGGCUGGAAGAGCAUCCCCUGGCAACACGACAUUCCGAAGCACCUCGAGGCGCAGGGCAGCGGCACGCGAGACGAGUUCGACAGACGCGCCGGCGAGGCGAUCACGCAACUUCAAGAGGAAGGCUUUAACUGCCGGCUGUAUUGGCAGAAUGAGGACGUGCGGAAGAACGUCUCCGUAGUUCCCACCUCGGCCGUGACGGGCGAGGGCAUUCCCGACUUGCUCAACCUCGUCGUUCAAGUCAACGAGACACUCAUGCAGCGCACCAUCGCCAAAGAGGCGGUCGACAGCAGGCUCGCCCGCGGCGAGCGGCAGCUGCAGUGCACCAUCCUCGAAGUCAAAGCGAUCGAUGGUCUGGGGACGACGAUCGACGUCAUCCUCGUGCACGGGACGCUCUACGAAGGCGACCGCAUCGUCGUCUGCGGCAUGAACGGUCCAGUUGUGACGACGAUUCGCGCGCUGCUCACGCCCCAGCCGCUGAAGGAACUCCGCGUGAAGGGCGAGUACAUCCAGCACUCCUUCAUCCAGGCCGCCAUGGGUAUCAAAAUCGCCGCUCCGAACUUGGAAGAAGCCGUCGCCGGGACGAGUGUGUUUGUCGUGGAGGAAGACGACGACAUCGAGGAGCUGAAGGAGGAUGUGAUGAGCGAUAUGGGCUCGAUCUUCAAAUCCGUCGACCGCAGCGGCAGCGGCGUCUAUGUGAUGGCGAGCACCCUGGGAAGUUUGGAGGCACUUCUCGUGUUCUUGCAAGAGAGCAAAAUCCCCGUCUUCGGCGUCAACAUCGGCACCGUGCAAAAGAAGGACGUGAAGAAGGCAAGCAUCAUGAGAGAGAAGGGCCGACCCGACUACUCCGUUAUUCUUGCCUUCAACGUCAAGGUCGACCCUGAAGCGGAGAAGGAAGCCAAGGCGCUCGGCGUGAAGAUCAUGACAGCGGAAAUCAUCUACCACCUUUUCGACGAAUUCACUGCCUACUUCCAGAGCAUGAAGGAGGAGAAGAAGAAGGAAGUCGCUCAAGAAGCCAUUUUCCCCUGUAUUUUGGGCGUCCUCCCGCAGUAUAUCUUCAACAAGAAAGAUCCGCUUAUCCUCGGUGUCGUUGUUGAAGAGGGCGUGCUCAAAGUCGGCACCCCGCUGUGCGUCCCAGAGAAGGGGGAUCUGCGCAUCGGCAGAGUUGUUUCUCUCGAGCUGAACAAGAAGGCAUGCGAGAAAGCUACAAAGGGUCAGGAGGUGUGUGUGAAGAUUGCCGGAGAACCGAACGUGAUGAUCGGACGGCACUUCGACGCGAAAAACAAAAUCGUCAGCCGCCUCACGCGAGACUCCAUCGACUGCCUCAAGGAGCACUUCAGGGACGAGAUGUCUAAGGACGACUGGAAGACGGUCAUUCACUUGAAGAAGAUCCUCGGCAUCCAGUAG